CGAAAGAUUUGCAAAUAUGACGGCAGAUUCUAGAAAAUUAAUGUGUGGUGUAAACUCAAAAUCACCUAAAACUCCUGCAUCUACUCCAAAUUUUAAAACAAACAGCAAAAUACGAUCAAAGCGUUCAAAUCCUUCCUGUACUUACAAUAUCGAAUUUGAUUCAAGAAAACAAUGGCCACAAUGUGCAGAUAUAAUUAACAUUAUUAGAAAUCAAGGCCAAUGUUCGGGUUGUUGGGCAGUUGCAAGUUCAUCAACGUUUACUGAUCGGUACUGUAUUGAGAGAGCUAAGAAAGGCUUAAAAACGCCAGUCUCUGAUCCCGAUAAUCAAUCAUCUGAUGAUGAAAUACUUAGUUGUUCUCCACCUGAUGCAUGGCAAUACAUGAAAAAUUCUGGUGUUGUCUCUGGAUCAAAUUUCGAACAAAAAACCGGAUGUAAGCCCUACUCAAUCAAUCCAGAAACUCCUGGCCCACUUCCUACACCUAAAUGUGUCUCGCAAUGUACCAAUUCUAAAUGGUCAAUUCAAUAUAAUAAUGAUAAAAAAUUUGCCGCAUCGACAGGUAUUAUUCCAGGCGACACGGAAGUUUCAGAGGCUGUCAAGGCAAUGAAGGCCGAAAUUAAAGCAAACGGUCCAAUUACGGGCUGUAUGGAUGUAUAUGAUGAUUUCUAUCAUUAUAGUGACGGAGUUUAUAAGGUAAUAUGA